ACUGUCACCAUUUUGUCAAAACGUCGCGUCGACUUCAUGUUAUUUUCCAAUUAACAAUAAAAUAGUUUAUUAUUUUGUAAUCUAUUCCUAUUUACAAUGCCAAAAGUACGACGAAGCAGAAAAUCGCCCCCAGAAGGUUGGGAGCUAAUAGAACCUACACUUGAAGAAUUAGAACAGAAAAUGCGAGAAGCUGAAACCGAGCCUCACGAAGGUAAACGUAAACAAGAAUCCCUAUGGCCAAUAUUCAAGAUUCAUCAUCAAAAAUCACGUUACAUUUACGAUCUGUUUUACAGACGAAAAGCUAUUAGCAGAGAACUGUAUCAGUAUUGUUUAGACGAGAAGAUAGCCGAUGCUAACCUCAUAGCCAAAUGGAAGAAGACUGGCUAUGAAAACCUGUGCUGUUUAAGGUGUAUACAAACAAGGGACACAAACUUUGCUACAAAUUGCAUUUGUAGAGUACCAAAGAGUAAACUGGAAGAGGGAAGAAUCGUUGAGUGUGUUCAUUGUGGGUGUAGAGGCUGCUCUGGUUAAUAUUUUUAGUGUUAUAAAAAGCCAGUGCAAGACUGAGGGUGUUAUUGUGAGACAAUGAUUUAUUUCGGGAAGUUCAUGUGAGUGGUUUAUUAUAGCACCUAUCAUUUUCAAUAAAAACUAAUUAAUUCUAUGAGUAUUUGAAUAUUUUUACUUACAAAAUAUACUUACAUAGUCCCAUGUCCCAAACUACACCU